AGAGGCGCUACCUGCUCGAGCGUAAGCGCGCGCGCGCUCUCUUGCCGAGCAACAAGACGAUAAACAGUGAGGGGAAGAGAGAAAGGCUCGUAAGUGCUGUGAGAGUUUCCCGCCUGAGGAGUAGCCUCAUCCUCACACUCACUCACUCACUCACUCACACCAGUGAAGAAGCGUCGGCGCCGUCGAGGAGUGAAUCAACAGCCAUGUAUCUGAACAGGGAAGAGGACAAUAACAAAGGCUCGGUGGCACUGAGUGUGUUCCUGGUGUCGUUGGCAGUAACAGUGUGUGCUGUUUGGCUGGUGGCUCUUUGUGGCGUCUGUGGUUGGUGUCAACGCAAGCUGGGAAAGAGGAAUAAACCAGGAGUCGAGUCAGCGGGCACUCCAGACUCCGCACGAGGCCGAGGAGAGAAGAAAGCCAUCAAUGAUCUAGACAGAGACUUUUGGAAUAACAAUGACAGCAAUUCAGAGCAGCAGCGGUGGAGCUCCUACCCGCCCAAGGAGUUUGUACUAAACAUUUCUCCCUAUGCCCCUUACGGAGACCCUCGCCUCACGCUCAAGGAAGGGAAGUUUGUGGUUCUCUCUCUGGCGAUUGGAUUGGCUGAGCAGGAUGACUUUGCUAAUCUACCUGACCUACAGGAGGUACCGCCCAGUCAAGAAACCCCUUCUGACAAGAGUAGGAAUAUGGGGAAUAAGCCAGCCAACAGUCCUAAGGGUCAGCCUCCAGAUGCUGAUGGACAUUCCUCCGUCUCUGACCUCGCUAACUCGCUCACCGGAGACAUGGUGAUGUUGUCUCCUGGCUCAGAUGAAGACCAUGAAGGUCCAGUCAGUGAGAAGUUAGGCAGGAUUCAGUUCAGCGUGGGCUACAGCUUCCAGGAUUCUACUCUUACUGUCAAAAUCAUUAAAGGUCAAGACCUGCCCGCUAAAGACUUCUCCGGAACCUCUGACCCCUUUGUAAAAAUAUACCUGCUGCCUGACAAAAAGCACAAACUGGAGACCAAAGUGAAGAGAAAGAACCUUAAUCCUCAUUGGAAUGAGACGUUCCUGUUUGAAGGGUUUCCAUACGAGAAAGUGCGAGAGCGGACAUUGUACCUUCAGGUGCUGGAUUAUGACCGCUUCAGCAGGAAUGACCCCAUAGGAGAGGUGUCCAUUCCACUAAACAAAGUGGAGCUGGGCCACAACCAGACCUUCUGGAAGGAGCUGAAACCAUGCAGUGACGGGAGCGGGAGUCGAGGAGACCUGCUUGUUUCUCUCUGUUACAAUCCCACUGCUAACACCAUCACAGUUAAUAUCAUUAAAGCACGCAACCUAAAAGCCAUGGACAUCGGAGGCACUUCAGAUCCCUAUGUGAAGGUGUGGCUCAUGCACAAAGACAAGCGUGUGGAGAAGAAAAAGACAGUGACCAUUAAGCGCUGCCUGAACCCUGUCUUUAAUGAGUCCUUCCCCUUUGAUGUUCCUGCACACGUGCUCCGAGAGACCACCAUCAUCAUCACCGUCAUGGACAAGGACCGGCUGAGCCGUAACGAUGUCAUUGGCAAGAUCUAUCUGUCAUGGAAGAGUGGCCCGGCGGAGGUGAAGCACUGGAAGGACAUGUUGAGCAGGCCGCGCACCAACGUGGCGCAGUGGCACGCCCUCAAAGCCUGAUCGCCCUCACUUUGUCCCCGCCCCCCAUCCUUUAACCUUUGACCCUUGAGCCCCAGCCCCACCCUUAUGCACAAGACUGACUCGCUGCCAGACUGCAAAACACGGGUACUUUUAGCCAUCCACUCUCGUAACCUUUAACUUUCAACCUUGAGCUUCUUUCUUUUUAUCACCUCUUGUCUUCUCUUUUUCUCUCUUUCUUUCUCUCUA